AUGCAGAGGAACCUCAACAGGCUGGAGAAAUGUGUGAAGAGGAGCCUUGUGCAGUUCAACAAAGGGAAAUGCCAAGUCUACCCCCGGGGAGCAAUAACUCCAGUCACCAGCACAGGCCAGGGCCAACCAGCUGGAAAGUGUCUCUGCGGAGAAGGACUGUGGGAUCCUGGUGGACACCAAGUUGGACAUGAGAAACCAGUGUCCCCUUGCAGCAAAGGCAGCCAACAGUGUCCUGAAUUGUAUGAGCCAGAGUGUUGCCACUUCAUGCAGGCAGAUGAUCUGUCCCUGCAGCAGAGGUGCACACGACAGCAGGAGCAGGUGCUGCUGUUGCCACCCCAAGCUGAUGGAUGCACUGACUGGUCUGUGGAUUACAAGAAAUAUCAAGUUCUAGUGGGAGAACCUGUUCGUAUAAAAUGUGCACUCUUUUAUGGAUAUAUUAGAGCUAAUUACUCCCUAGCCCAAAGUGCUGGACUUAGUUUGAUGUGGUACAAAAGCUCUGGACCUGGAGAUUUUGAGGAACCUAUAGCUUUUGAUGGAACAAGAAUGAGCAAAGAAGAAGACUCCAUUUGGUUCCGACCGACAGUGGUACAAGACAGUGGACUCUAUGCAUGUGUUAUAAGAAACUCAACUUACUGUAUGAAAGUGUCCAUUUCGCUGACGGUGGGUGAAAAUGACACUGGACUCUGCUACAAUUCAAAGAUGAAAUAUUUUGAAAAAGCUGAACUUAGCAAAAGCAAGGAAAUCUCAUGCCCUGAAAUUGAGGAUUUUUUAUUUCCAUUUAGGGAGCCUGAAAUUCUGUGGUAUAAGGAAUGCAAGUCAAAGACGUGGAGAUCAAGUAUUGUGUUUAAAAAGGACACUCUCGUCAUUCGUGAAGUUAGAGAGGAUGACAUUGGAAAUUACACUUGUGAGUUAAAAUAUGGAUUCUUUGUUGUCAGAAGAACUACGGAAUUAACAGUUACAGCACCACUAACAGAUAAACCACCAAAGCUUUUACACCCUUUGGAGAGUAAGCUAACAAUUCAGGAGACCCAAUUAGGCAGUUCUGCUAAUCUAACCUGCCGAGCUUUCUUUGGAUAUAGUGGAGAUGUCAGUCCUUUAAUCUACUGGAUGAAAGGGGAGAAGUUUAUUGAAGAUUUGGAUGAUAGUCGAGUCUGGGAAAGUGACAUCAGGGUUCUCAAGGAACAUCUCGGGGAACAGGAGGUUUCCAUCUCAUUGAUUCUUGACUCUGUGGAAGAGGCAGACCUGGGGAAUUAUUCGUGCUACGUCGAGAAUGGAAAUGGACGGCGACAUGCCAGUAUUCUUCUACAUAAAAGGGAGCUGAUGUACACAGUUGAGCUUGCUGGUGGGCUUGGUGCUAUUCUGCUGCUGCUUGUUUGUUUAGUGACUCUCUACAAGUGUUACAAGAUAGAGAUUAUGCUCUUCUACAGGAAUCAUUUUGGAGCUGAAGAACUAGAUGGAGACAACAAAGACUAUGAUGCAUAUCUAUCCUAUACCAAAGUGGAUCCUGACCAGUGGAAUCAAGAAACUGGAGAAGAAGAAAGGUUUGCUCUUGAGAUCCUACCAGAUAUGCUUGAAAAGCAUUAUGGAUACAAGUUGUUCAUACCAGACAGAGAUUUGAUUCCCACAGGAACCUACAUUGAAGACGUGGCAAGAUGUGUAGACCAAAGCAAGCGACUGAUCAUCGUCAUGACUCCAAAUUAUGUGGUAAGAAGAGGCUGGAGUAUCUUUGAACUGGAAACAAGGCUUCGAAACAUGUUAGUCACGGGCGAAAUCAAAGUGAUACUGAUUGAAUGCAGUGAACUACGAGGAGUUAUGAACUACCAGGAGGUCGAGGCCCUGAAACAUACCAUCAAGCUCCUCACUGUCAUUAAAUGGCACGGACCAAAAUGCAACAAGUUGAAUUCCAAGUUCUGGAAACGUUUACAGUACGAAAUGCCUUUUAAGAGGAUUGAACCCAUCACACACGAGCAGGUUUUAGAUGUCAGUGAGCAGGGACCCUUUGGGGAGCUGCAGACAGUCUCCGCAAUUUCCAUGGCUGCUGCCACCUCCACUGCUCUUGCCACUGCCCAUCCAGACCUGCGCUCCACCUUUCAUAACACAUAUCAUUCACAGAUGCGCCAGAAACACUAUUAUCGAAGCUAUGAAUACGAUGUACCUCCUACCGGCACCCUGCCGCUUACCUCAAUAGGUAACCAGCAUACCUACUGCAACAUCCCUAUGACACUUAUAAACGGGCAGCGGCCGCAGACAAAAACUAACAGGGAGCAGAAUCCAGAAGAGGCUCACACAAACAGUGCGAUACUGCCCCUCUUGCCACGGGAGACCAGUAUAUCAAGUGUAAUUUGGUGA